AUGCAUUCAACAAAUAAAAUUGCUCAUGAUAAAGAAAACUUAGAUUAUCUAGCUUCUUUUUUACCAAAUCAUUUAAUCCCUACUUUUCCAAUUGAAACCUCAAUAGAGGAUUUUGACAAUUAA